AUGCCAGAUGAUGCGGAGUUGUCCGACAUUGCAGAGGACAAAUUGGAGGCUUGCAGCAUGUUGGGUUGUGGUCAGACCAGCUUGCGCUCUCGAAUGCGGCUCUUCCUCAUCAGCGUAGCGGUGAAGGCCUCUCGCGAUGCUCCUGAGAGAAGCUUGCCAGUGAUCUCUAUGGAUUGGUUCUAUGUGAAAGGUAAUGAUCGACAUCUAGAGUUCAUGAAUCGGGGUGGAGAAGAUGAAGACAAAGAACCAUUCUUGACCGUGCUUGCGUGCAUAGAUCGGAGUACAGGCAUGAUGCAAGCCAUCCCGGUGCCCAACAAGAAGCAUGACUCCCAAGUCUAUGCCGCAAAACAAGUCCUAACCUUCAUCAGCUACCUGAGCUAUGCAGAUGUACAGCUUCGGCAUGACAAUGAACCGGUGAUGCAGUCAUUGGCCGAUAUGGUCUGCAAAGCCAGAGCUCGGCAUGGAUUGGCGACACGACCAAGGCCAUCUCAGCCAUAUGUUCAUGAAAGCAAUGGUGUUGUUGAACAAGCAGUUCAAAACCUUAGGGAUAUGGCUGUUGUUCAUCUUGAGCAAGUGCGUGAACAUGCUGGUCAAAGUUUUUCGGCAAGCCAGGACAUUGUGGGCUGGGCUCUGGUCCACGGAGCUUUUCUUCAUAAUACUUACCGAGUGCAGGGCGGAAGUACCCCAUAUGAGAAGUGCUUUGGAGUUCAGUUUAAGAUGAAGCUAGCUCGAUUCGGGGAGACGGUGAUGUGCGCUCUGUCCACUGCGCAUACCAAGAAGGGAAAGCCUAAGUUUGUGAAGAUGUUGUUCCUGGGCUGCACCAUCCAGAAUAACAUGUAUGUCUGCGGGAACAGCCUGGGAGUUUACCUGUCGAGCACAAUUCGAAGGCUACCUCCAUCGCAACAGUGGGCCGGGGACCUCCUGAAAGCAUUCAAAGGAAAAACUUGGAAGUAUGGCCUCGCAGUCCUUGGUAGUCGAUUGGUCCCAGGCCUUCCACGGCAAGAUCCAUCAGAAGCUUCUGUACCAGUUUCGGCAUUGCCUGCAGUAAGCGCCGAGCGAAAGCCCCAGUCCAUUGACCCAGGCAACGUUGAAGCAGCGAGUGAUCCCGAAACCGAGAAGAAUUCCAGUGAGGCUUCAUCAUCAGGGUCCUCAACUGGGUCUGAGAGUCCUACGCGUUCUCCUGAUGUUGGGGCACCCGCUGCAGCUUCACAUGUCCUUGAAUCCCCUGAACAUCGUAAGCAGGAUGACAUGGAAGUUUCAACAUCAGAUGCUAGAUCAAAGCGUACAUCAAGUGCAGCGUUGUUGGCCCCAUCCGGUCUCUCAGGAGAAGUUGAUCGCAGUUUGAAGCAAAGGGUUCAGCAUAUCGUUGUUGAAGGAGAGGAGUUGUUUGACCUUGAUGAAAAGAUGCUAGACUUCGAAGCCGAUCUAGAUGUUCACCAAGACUGGUGGUUUGAUGCUGGAGGCCAAGGGGGAGGGGAGGUUCUCAGAGAACGAUGGGCAAAAAGGACUGAGGAUGAAGGACCCCCACAAUGCUCUGAAGAGGAGCUGCAAUCCCUUGACCUCGAGGCUGAAGCGUUUGAAGCAGAAAGGCUCUUAAAGAUGAAGGUCCUUGAACCCACUCAAGAAGAGCCUCCAUCGGAACUUGUGUUGAACACCCGCUAUGUGCAUGACUGGCGCUUUCGAGAUGGUUGGGUCAGACGGGCAAGACUGGUAUCCAAAGAACUAAAAGUUUGGGAUCCUCAUCGUAUGGAUGUCUUCGCGCCCUCUACGUGCCCAGCCAUGAUAAAACUAGUGCCAGCCUUAUUUGCCACGAAGUACGAGAGUGAAGAAUGGCACCUGUGGAGCAUCGACUUUAAGGAUGCUUUCCUUACUGUUCCUCAGCGGUCUUUGCUAUAUGUCAAAUUGAAUGGUCAGUACUUCAAAGUCUUGAUGUGCCUGCCGGGUCAAAGGCAGGCAGGUGCUUGGUGGUCUGAGCAGAUCACAGCCGAUAUAUUGGGUGCAGGGCUAGAGCAGAAUCCUUCAUGCCCCGUGGCUUUCGGUAACGGAAAGGCAGCAUGCGCACUGCAUGUUGAUGAUGGAAUUCUCGGAGGUAGGCUUCAGGAGGGGAACAAAAUUCUCGGAAAGCUGGGUGAGAAGUAUGUGAUGACGAUUACGGGCCCAAUUCGAGAUCCAGGAGAGCAAAUUCGAUUCUUGAAGCGGUUGUUCGUGAUUGAGGAGGCAGGCCUUGCAAUGUACAGCGACCCCAAGUACUUGCAGAAGAUGGCAAAGCUCUUAGGCAUCACCCGACCCAGGAUGCGUAAGGUGCCGUGCACUCCUGAAUGGUGCACCCCGGACUGCAGCAGUGCCCUCGGCACUGAGGAACAUGCGCUUUUCAGAUCCGUUGUCGGGUGCCUUCUUUAUCUAGCUCCUGAUCGGUGUGAUGUGCAGUUUGCUGUGUCUGUACUUGCCCGAAAAGUUCAAAACCCUACUCAGAGAGACAUGCAGUUUGUGAAGUAUCUUGUUGAGUACUUGAUUUCGACGUCUGACUACCACUUGGUGAUGAAAUGGACAACGCCCGGCAAAAGCAUCCGAGAUCAGCGUGAAGAGCCAAUCCCUUGCCAUUCGGUACAUCCCGGUGAGUACCUCCUUGAAGUACUUACCGAUAGUGAUUGGGCAGGGUCAGUUGCUGAUAGGAAGUCCAAUACUUCAGUCCACAUGUACCUCAACUCUGUUUUGGUACACAGCUUUGUGAGAAAGCAGGACACGAUUGCGCUCUCGAGCUGCGAAAGUGAGCUCAUCAGUGCUGUUUCAGGCUGUGCAGAUGGAUUGUAUAUCAAGAGCAUUGUGGAAACCAUGACCAAGAACAAAUGCAACAUGAUCGUCCUUGUUGAUAAUGCGUCAGCGAGAAUGAUUCUAUACAAGACCGGAACAUCACGAGUACGACAUCUUGAUUGCCGUCUUCUUUGGGCUCAGUCCAAAUGCAAGGAUGGUGUCUUCUCAGUGAAGCCGAUCCCGACGCGUCUCAACACAUCCGAUGCUGGAACCAAACCUUUAGGUGCUGAACGGCUGCGCCUCCUUCUAGGGAUUGUGGGAUACCAUUCUCGUGACGGUAUUCUAGGUGCCCAAGAGUUCCAGCGCCAAGAGUAUGCACACAACAUCGGCAAGGUGACGAAAUCUCAGCGAAAAGCCAUGCUUGGAGUGUUGAUGGUGAUGCUUCAGAGUGAGGGUGCGCAUGCCCAUGAUGCUGAUCCCACAACAAGCGCAACAUUGCAGCGGAUCCAUGACAUGCUUUCGAUGCUCCAAGUGUGGAUUGAAAUGUUCAUGGUAGAGAAGGACAUUCAAAGUUGGACGGUUUUUAUCGUUGUCGUUAUCUUCACAUUGUCUAUGCUUUCAUUCUUUGUCGGGGUGAUCGUUGGCCGUGCAUGUUUUUCCCAAGAAGACAAGUGGUGCUAUUCAAAUCAUUGA